CUGUCAUUCAUUCAUCAUUUUUGUGUCAAUUAAAAAUGUCAAAUAAUACGCUGACAAAAGAAAAAUAACGCGAGUGUUUAGCUAUAAUUUUCAAGAACUGCUGACUAAAAAUCGUCUCAACUUUUCACCAUUCGGAAAUGUGUUUACGGUCUUGCGUUGCGGAUAAAGUUUAUAACUUGUAUUUCUCUCAUUGAACUUGUAUUUGCAAAGACCUUGUGCAAAGUGGACACGCUCAUUUUAUCGUCGAAAACAUAUGUUAUUUUUAAGUAAUACUUCUACACGUCGUAGUUCAUUCCUCAAUAAACACCUUGUAAAUGUUGCGUCAAAGUGGGGCACCGUGAGCGUGUGUAAAUAAACAAAGAAACAGUCGGUUCGAUCGUAUGUUCUAGACGUUUUGCACGCCACCAUGGGAAGAUUUGUGACUGUUUAGGGAGUAUGGAGCGUUUGUAUCAUGACCUAAACCUGGCCCUAGAGGAGAGUAACUGCGGCCGGCAGGAGCGACGCAAGUUAGGCCUUCGGCGACGGACCCGCUCGGCGGGGAACCUGCCGGCCGCAGUAGCAGUAAGCCUACUCACAGAAGAUGGGAGCUCCAGUAGCCCUCCACAAGCACCACUAAUAACACAGCCACUGUCGGACUCCGAUGACCCCCAACUCAACCCCCACAAGGGCCUGAAGUCCCGACAUUACUGUCAGAUUGGCAACUUUGAGUCUGACUCCUUCAAUGAGAACUUUUCACCCACCCGGCCCUCAAAUGCGAGAAGAAAACGGAAGUAUAAGAAGAUGCCGGUGGAAUAUGCAGAAGGAAACCGGUCUCCCCCAGUGGAAAUUUUGACUAUUGCAACUGAGCCUAAUACAUCACCAUCCACAAUAAUGCUGCAAUCACAGGGUCUGGCGCCACUCGUCUAUAUGCACCGCCAUAAAUCGUUUUUAAAACACGAAAGAAACGCUUUCUGUGGCAAAAGGAAAUGGUCGCACAGAGAUAAAGGAGAUGUAUGUGAAAUGAGAGAGAGAUCGUUUAGUGGCGGGUGCUCGUCUAAAUCCACUUUCUUCUCCAAAAACGACUUUAAGUCGAAAAAGCAUGAAACAGACAAAAAGAGGAAAGAACCAGUCUUACAGCCAGGCAAGAUUGUCCUCAAAUCCCAGAACACAGAAGGAACUAAACCCUCAAGCUUUACAAACACUCCAUCUCUCCCCGGGAGCUCUAGUUUUAACUUUGUCUAUAAGAACUCUAAAAACGGCACGCCAACGUUAUCGAAAAUGACCGGGUAUAAAAUUGCCACAGACUUGCCCCCAUUUUUCAAACCAACCACAAGUACAGGGAAACAGUUUGACGGAAAGAUGUACAGAAAAUCAAAAAUGCUGAACAAAAGUCACCCGCCUAAUUCGCUAAGAAAUCCCUUGUUGUUUGAUGAUCAGAAUAGUGGAAUGGACUGCGCCGGAAACGAGUCUAGUUCUUUAAGCAGUAGCGAUUCAGAUGGAGUCGUAACUAAUGAUAGUGACAGAGAGGGAGACGAUGAACUAACAGACUGGCCGGGCAUUGAGGAACUCAAAGUCUUCAACAAGAGUCUAACCUUCAAAUCAUCCAAAUCCGUGAACAACAACUCUCCAAAAUCAGUCAGCAACAUGCCACCUCCAAAACGGCUGAAAAAAGAAAAGAGUCUAGUCAAAAGCGGUUGGGCCAGUUGCAAGAAUAGAUUUAAGAAGAAACGAGCUAACAUAGACUCGGGAAACGAUGACGACGCUAUGAUGUCAGACUCGAAAACCGUAGUAGAUCUCGAAGAUGGGAUCUUGAAAGAGAACAGAGAUAUUUUACAACCUCACUCUUCUUUUUCCACAUUCAGUGAUAUCAAAAAUGCAGGCAUAUCCGGGCAGAGCGCAAACGAAUCCUUCUUCCAAUCAUUUUUAGCUUUUCAAGAAAAAACUGGCGACCAGGAUGGGUUCCAAACGCCGCGAACGAAUUUUUCUUUACAAAAGACUUCUUCUAGUGAUCUAAAUGUGAGUGAGAGAAGUCCACAGAGCGAUCAUUAUUUCAGCGAACAUUCCAUGGGCAUAGCCACUGUGGCCGACGUCAGAGAAAUUAGGGCAGGCUGUCGGAGGAUCCGAGAAGAAAGGCCAGGGUUCUUAAUUCUUAGUGCAGCCAAUGAGCAGCUUUCAAAGUUCCUUCAGGAUUCCUGUCAGUCAGAGUUGAAGUUGCCAAGUUUAAAUGACCCUGAAGAGAAGGAGAAGCUAGAAUCACUAGCGAAGCUGUAUUCACUUGAGCUGCAGGUGGAAAUGGGACGGCCAGUAUUGAGGAAAACUAGCAACACAAUGCAAGCUAUAAGAGUGGAGCAUUCCUACCACAACUUCCCGUCUGAUCACAAACGACGUUGCUACGGCGAAGACCAGGACUCGAGUCUCAGUGAUCCGGUUAACUCGAACGAUGAAGAGAAAGACUUUGCUGAAGACUCGUUCUCGCAUUCGUUGGUGGAUCGAUCGCUGCUGCAUCCAGGUGAAAUUGAUUGAGAGUUGGAAACCGGUUACUGUCUGACGUCAAUUAUAAACGACGGUUUAGGUUAUUAACCGGUUGAUAAUGAGAUUAUGACAUCAGGACUCGAGUCUCAGUGAUUCGGUUAACUUGAAUGAUCAAGAGAAAGAGAUUGUUGCAGACUCAUUCUCGCAUUAGUCGGUAGAUCGAUCGCUGCUGCAUCCAGGUAAAAUUGAUUGAGAGUUAGAAACUGAUUAAUUUUGUAAACCGGUUUCUGUCUGACGCAAACUAUAAAUGACGGUUUUUAACCGGUCAGUUAUGAAUAGUUAUAUGACUUCUACAAUUUUAUAUUAAUGCCCAUAGAGAAUUUAACAAUCGGAGUCGCCUCUGUCGAAACCCUCGCCUAAUGGUCAUACUCAUUAUAUGGACUGACGUUUAUCUGACAUGGCUAUUUGUACGCAAAGAUAGAUGUAACUCCGUAAUAGAUAUACAGUCUAAGUAAAAAACGUGCCUCGAAAAUCAAAACAAUUUGAUUCUCAUCAGAUGGCGCCACUACCUUUGGCUACUCUCGUAUAGAGGGCGUUGACGGUUUCGUUGGUUAUUUAACAAUUUUAACGCAUAUCAGUUAAAGAACAUGGGUCAAAAUAAUAUAAAAAUGAGCAAUGCAAAUAUUGCAAAUAAAAAAGUCAUUUAUCCAUACAUAAAUACAUUUUUUGAUAUUUUUAUUUUUAGUUUUAAUCGUGUGUCGAUAGAUGGCAGUGAAUUUACUGUGGCUACAAAGUUUACUAUGACAAUACCGCUCUAUCCUAUUAUAUCCUCUUUUGUUGUACGUUACGUUAUGUACAAAUAGCCAGACAUUUGACCGGCCCCUCCCCCGCAAAAAUCGGCACUGUUUUGUACAGAAAAAUACAGACAAGGCGUCUCCAGUUGUUAAAAUCUCUAAGGCUAUACCGGUUAAUUUUUCUUGCAAGUCUAUGCAUUUUUGCGUGAUGUUCCGGUUCAAACUUUUGUAAACCGUAUAAUUGAUGAACUUAUAAAUAAUAUGACUAACGGCUUUCUGAAACUGUUUACAAAAAUGAACUGUUAGUUGGUGGCUUAUUUUAGUACCAGUGCAUUCACAGAAGUCUUUUCUUAUAACAAAACCGUUGGUAUCUGUGACACCAUGAGGUCCAUGAAGUUUUUCAAAAAUUCGCUCGCAGUUUGGUACGGCCACAGAUUUAAUAUAUACGCUAAAUGACGCAAAUACCACGAUUUGUACUGAAACCAAGCGUGCCGACUUUUUCAUACAAAAUUUACGCAUAAUAUAAUUUUAAAAUUACUUAUCUGUAAUAGGAAAUAUGUUCUUGCCUUUGGGUGCUCGCAAUUUUGGUUGCUUGCAGUUAAUUAUCAUGCAACGAAGCAUUUUUUAAGUUUUCACGAACGUCCGGCUGCAACGACUGACGCGCGUGGACUGUAAAGAGCGACGGUCAACCUCGACGCUUGGUCGGGGUUCGGACACGCGAAGUAGAUGCAUUUGCGUCUUCUAUGGUAUAUUUAUUUCUGUGGGUACGCCAUAUCAGUUUUCUUUAUUUAUAUACCUAGGUAUUUCUACUCCCUAUUUAUAUUUAACUGUUGAUGCACAAGGAGUUUAGUUUUUAGGGACCAAGGAUUUGAUUUCAUGUAUACAUAGUUGUGAUGAUUUUACAACGAGGUUUUGAUGUUUUUCAUUUAUACUUAUGUGUUUGUUUCUAUCCGUUAAUAAAACCAAAUCAUUUUGUAUGAAAUUAUUCGUAGGUAACCUGGCAUGGCAAGACCGUGUACUUAUGCGAAAAAACGGGCCCUAUGAAAGGUCUUUGACAUACUCAGAAGUGUAUUGAAUAUUAGUAAAAAUCAACCGGGGUAAUUGAAACUGUGGGAUUAUUACGUCUGUUAUUUUUAGAGUACGAUUGGUCGGGACGCCCUCUAUGUUACGCUUAUAUCCAAGUAGCUCAGGUUUUUAUCACUAGAUGCCGAGAGCUCUUGUAAUUCGCGUUGUUUAAAAAAUAACUCAAAUAGACGCGAUAACCCCAUAACCGCAUCCAUCCCGGUCGACCUUAUGCAUGAGAUAAAUACUCAUGUCAAAUAAAUAUGUAUGUUUAAGUAGGUAAAAACAUAUGUAACUUUAUAUAUAAAAGAUGUCGUUUUUAUGCAGUAUUCACUGCUUUACAGCAAAGGUUGUUAAUAACAUUGUAAAACUGUUAAAGGAUUACAUACUCGCACUUAAACUAUCGUGAGACAUAUUUCAAAAUAUUUAUCAGUACGGUUUUUACUCACUAUUAUUUUUAGUCGCUUUUGGCGACAUGUUUCGGAUUCUUUGGGAAUCCAUCCUCAGGCACGAGUGUCCGCGGCGGUUGUUCGUCGUGCACUGCCCGCGCCGCCCGCCUCGUCGCUCGUUGCGCACGCGCUGAUGGGGCGGGGGCGGGGGGCGCGGGGCAGUCCGCAGAUGGAGUCGUCAAGUGAACAUACUACAUACUGUUAUAAACAUUUAAAAUGUGACUUUUUCAACCAAAAGGUACCACAUCGUCGCUUGUCGAUAAGGUUGAUUUCAAAUUGAAACUAUAUGGAAAUAGCGCCUUAUUGACAACCGACAAUAAGUACCCCUUUGGUUGAGAAUUGCACAAAUGUUGAUAUAGGGAAUACAAUUGCCUGCUGGUUCGGGCGUAGAAAGUAGAUGUCACUUGAUAACUUAAGGUGCCGUGGGUUCAGCCAACAAUUAUUGAAAAAUCGUAGCGCUUUUUUUAGAUCAUAAUACGGUUGCCAUAAAAUAUAGCAAUCUUGAGGACUUUCUCUAGUAACUUCAUCGAUUCAAAACCUCUUUAAACAAAUUUCGCUCAAAAGAAAAAAAAAUCGAACAUAGGUCCAAAACGCACCUUUACAAAUUUGUAACAACUUUUGCACAAAACCUAUAAAUAUCAAAUUUGCUUCUAAAAAUGCGCAAUUUUAUUUUUGAUCGACAUCAUCGUUUUUUUUUGUGUUAAAAAUUACUAAAAAAUAACGAUUUAAUAACAAUGAUAUCCGCGAAUUUGGGAACGCACGGCUGUCCGCUCAGUGCUUAACGAGUUGCAUCUGAACUCAUGGUGCCUUAAAGCUGUUUGUACAAAAGGAAAAGAACUUCACAGGUAGGUGAUUAGAUAGGUAGACCGGGUAGGCGCUAUAUAUUUAUCAUAUCAUAAAGUUUACUCAAAUUUUAACUUCUUUCAAUAGUGAAAUUGAUUGAAAAUACGUAAUUGAUAAUGGACGUUUGUUACUAAAUUCUACUAUUUGACGACUAUAUUGAACAUUACACUAUUUAUUUUAUUUUCAAACAAUACACGCGAAUCCAGAAACAUUAUGCGGUCUUAAAAUAAGUAUUAACCAUCUUCAAUGUUUGUCACAUAUUUGCCGUUCGUUUUAUUUCAUAUUUUAUUAGCACUGAAAUGUCACUAAGAACGUAUAUUCAUUAAUUAUUGUAAACAAAGACGUAAGUACUUAAAAGUUUUAUUUCUAUGCGUGCUUAUAGGCAUUAUUUUGUACAUGUGACUACGUAAAACAAACCAAACCAAUGUAGUUUUUUGUUGAUCACAAGAUUGAUAUGAUUGCAAUUAGAGCCACAAAUGAUUUGUCUAUUUUACUUAAGAGGGCACCGACAGUCCAGUGGCGCCCUCAUUAGGGGGAUUGUGUUUUCUAAUGAACCAACCCAUUUCUGUAUAAUCCACCAGUGAUUAGUUUUAGUCUUACUUAUUCCCCAACUUUUGAUCUAGAUGUGAUAUAAUAGUGUUAUAUUGCUUACUUUCCACUUCAUCACCUAAAUGGAAAAAAGUGGCCACCAUUUGUAGUUUAGAUAAUUAAGUAAAUAAUAAGCAAAUAAAACUAUGUGACAAAGACCAAAAGCUAAUGAAUUAGUAGGCCUACAACUAAUCACUGAUGGAUUAUACAAAAAUGGAUUGGUUUAUUAGAAAACCACAAUCCCCCUAAUGACGCCCUCAUACUACUGGACGGUCGGCGCCCUCUUAAUUGUUGUUAUAAAAUCACUGAUGGGUUAAAUUGGAAGCGUUCGCGCAUGGGUGUUGUGUACAUAUUCGUUAGUAUUAAUUAUACGCUAGGAUCUAAUAGUAAGUAAGCACUGAAAGUAAACUAGUUUCAAAAUAUACUUUUUAAUAAGAGUU